AUGAGCUUCUCAAGGUCAUUGCAAUUGGCCUGGAGAUCAAGACGGCAAAAUGCCAUCUCACAUUGUUGUCCAAGGAGGGGAAUCAGCGUCUCUGCCGCAGAGCUUCGAUUCGGCCAGCCACUGCAUGAGACCCAUCCGCAUCUGUUGAAACCCGGCGAAAUUACGCCCGGUAUCACCGCCCAAGAGUACUACGACCGCCGCGUGAACCUCGCCAAGGCGCUCCCUCCAAAUUCCAUCGCCGUGCUCGCCGCAUCAGACGUCAAAUACCGCUCCGGCGCUGUGUUCUACAAGUUCCACCAGGACCCCGACUUCCUCUACUUGACCGGAUUCAACGAGCCGGACGCGCUGGCCGUUAUAGAAAAGGUCGACGACAGCGGCGAACAUAAUUUCCACCUCUACGUGAGACCGAAGGACACCCAGGCAGAGCUGUGGGAGGGAGCCAGAUCUGGCGUCCAGGCUGCCGAAGAUGUCUUCAACGCCGACACCGCGGGCGACGUCAACACGCUGCCCAAGAUACUACCCGAGAUCCUGAAGCGGACGAAGGAGGUGUACACAGAUCUGCCCGGCAGCCUCAUCUCCCGGAACACCCUGAGCAGGUACCUGUCAGGCCAAGAGCCCUCUCGCACCGGCGGCAUAGCAACCGUCCUUCGAGACGCAGCAGGCGUCAAAGUCAAGCCCCUCCGGCACAUGAUGAACGAACUGCGCGUCAUAAAAAGCGAAGCCGAGAUCAAGAACAUGCGCAAAGCCGGCCAGCACUCCGGACGCGCCAUCACAGACGCCAUGCGGCAGACAUUCCAGUUCGAAAAGGACCUCGACUCGUUCCUCGACUACUGGUUCAAGCAAGACGGCUGCGACGGCCCAGCCUACGUCCCCGUCGUCGCGGGCGGCAUCAACGCAAACACAAUCCACUACGUCACCAACGACAUGCAGUUCAAGCCCGACGACCUCGUGCUCGUCGACGCGGGCGCCGAGUACGGCGGCUACAUCACCGACAUCUCGCGCACGUGGCCGGUGAGCGGCAAAUUCACGCCCGCCCAGCGCGAUCUGUACACGCUGCUGCUCAACGUCCAGCGCACCUGCGUCGCGCUGUGCCACGAGGACUCGAACCUCACGCUCGACAAGCUGCACGGCAUUGCGAAGUCGAGGCUGGAGGACGGCCUCAAGUCGCUCGGCUUCGAUAUGUCGGACAAGGACGCCAUCAACACGAUCUUCCCGCACCACCUCGGCCACUACAUCGGCCUUGAUGUCCACGAUAGCCCUGGGUUCCCGAGGAGCAGGCAGUUCGAGAAGGGGAUGUGCGUCACGGUUGAGCCGGGCAUCUACGUCCCCAACGACGAGAGGUGGCCGGCCUGGGCGAGGGGGAUCGGAAUGAGGAUUGAGGAUAGUGUUUGCGUGAGGGAGGACGGGCCGUACGUUUUUAGCACUGAGGCGGUUAAGGAGGUGAGUAUACAGCCAUGCUUUUCUACUAUAGCGAAAUAUGCUGGAUCAAACACUAACUCGACAUGUUACUAG